UUCAGCUGUAGGAGCAGAAUUGUAAAUAUAGUUGGCACGUUAGAGGAUGUUAAGUGCGUUGAACCUGCUGUUCUAGGAGGAAAGAUCAAAGCCGACAUCAGUCAUGUCUUUGAGAACGAGAAUCCGUGGCUUCACAGCCUGGGUAAACAUGAGGUUGCUUCCAUACAGUCAGCUACUGAAUAAUGUGCUGAUGGACAUACUGACUGGGACAAACAUGAAGGUGCUGAUAGAGAGCAUUACUGGACGAGAGUUACAACACCUGCAGAGCUUUGAUGGGUUGACAAAACAGCAGAGACUAACCAGGUUUGACUGGAUUGUAGAUGAGCUGAAGAAAUGUAAAGUGAUCCCUAAAGAUGUGAAUGUGGACAGCAGGCUGUGCGCUAAUAGAAACGCUGACCAGGUCUUCCACUUGCUAUGGCGGCUCAUCUGUUAUGAUAUCUGGUUUGUGUGGGAGAGGUUGGAAUACUUACAGCACAAUGAUGAUGAGAUCCUCACACAGGUCAUCUUUAAGUGGACUCCAGAUCCCCCUCCAGUCAAAAAGAAGAAAGCCAAAGCUAAAACCUCCUUACUGGCAGGCUUUGGCUCAUCAGCCAUGGUGGAAGAAGAACCAGUGAAGGUGGAAAUUGGAUUUGCUGAUCAGUGGGAUAAAUUCCCAGGAGAAGACUUUGUGAAGAAGUUCAAGACAAAAUUCCGUGAAAUUGACUCCAUGCCAACUCCAGAAGAAUGUAUCAUUGAGUUUGUUAAAACACAGCUCAAGAAAACAAAAGAAGGAAAAAGAUUGAGUGUUGAGUCUAUUGAUGACUUGGCUGACAGCAGGGUGUUAUGUGGCCUUAUUAAUUCAUUUGUCCCAAACACUUUCAACACUGAGAUGUUACUCAAUGACAGGUGGACAAUAAACCUGGUAUUAAGGACUGUAGACAAGAUGUUUCACCAAGAGUCUCCUUUUGAUUCUGAAGAUCUGGUUGAGGCAGACCCAAUGUCAGUGUGUUCUUAUUUCUGCUACUUCUUCAUGGUUGCAUUCAAGUUCCGACAGUGUAGUGCUGUAGUGAGGAGGAUAGACUGGUUGUAUCGCUUGGUGAGAGAGUCCACUCAUAACCUGGAUCAGUUACCAGCUGUGGUGUCCACCAGAGAGGAUAUGGAGGCCAGACAAAGGCUCAAGCUGAACAUUGACACGCACAGAGAAACUAUAUCAAAGCUGGAGAAUCGAUUUGACAUUGACUUCUGCAGAGAAUGGAUAACUUGGGUAGAACAGGUUCAGAAACAGGUCCGUAUUCAGAUACAGGAGAAGAUAAAGAAGAAGUUUGAGACAGUGGCAGUUCCACGUAAUAUGACCAUCACAGACAUCUGUCUGUCUAUGCUCAUCAACCUGCACUUGACAAACGGCUCGCCCUUCAUCCAGUCCGAUGGAUCCAAGGAGACGAUGACAGAUGGGAAGAGGCUGGUACUGCUGGAGCGGGCCACGGGGGAGUUUAAAGAAGACUUCACCACCAAGUCUAAAGUUUCUAUCAAGAAAGUAUUACGCCUACCAGAAAGUGGUUUUUGUGAAAUCAUCCCUGAAAAGUAUCCUCAGUAUGAGUUUUACUUUGAAUGCCCAAGUCGUAACAGACAAGUAAAGGCCGGGACGUUGAUUCUUUAUCAAGUCUUCCCAGGGAACACUCUCACCUGGCAGAGAAUGUUCCUAAGAGCUGCUAAAGAGAAUGACUUUGACAUGAUAGAGAAGAUGGUAACUUUCUUUAAGGACCAGAAAAGGUUUAUCAACUGCCGUGAGCCCAAGACUCUGUUCACUGCUUUACACUGGGCCUGUCGCCAUGGUAACAAGGAUGUAGCUGCUUACCUUCUGGAGAAUGGGGCAGAUAUGGAGGCCAGGAAUGCCUUCAAGUGUACACCAAUAUUCAGUGCUGUAGAGGGACUUCACAGAGACAUCUGUCAUUUGUUGGUGGAAUGGGGCUGUGACAUGCAUGUGACGAAUAUCAAAGGCCAGACGCCCGUGGAAACUGUGAAGAAUGAUGAGUUCAGAGUGUUCUUAGUGGAGCUGUACAACCAUUACACUCUGUCUGUUCCUAAAAUCAUGGAGGGUAAUGUUGGCCUGCUGGAGGAUCUGGUCACUGCUCAUAAGACAGGACUGCUGGGAUUUGCCAGCCUCAACAGCAGAUGUAUCAAUGGCAGUACCCUGCUUCACACAGCAGCCUAUUUUGGUCAGGAGAACGUGGUGAAGGAUCUACUGCAGCUGAGGGUGGAUCCCAACCUGCUGGACUAUAAGCAGUCUACUCCUGUACACAGAGCCAGAGAUCCCCACACCUUGAAGGCAUUGCUGGACAGCGGAGGUCGUGUUGACACUGAGGACUCUGAGGGUAAUACCCCGCUUCACGUGAAGUGUUAUGGGGAGACUGGAGAGGACACAGCGGUGGAAUGUAUAGAACUGCUGCUCGACCGUGGGGCUUCCCUCACCCACAGGAACAAACGGGGCCUGAUGGCGAUCCACUGCUGUGCUAUGCAAGGCCGUGUGGACGGUAUACAGCUCCUGCUGCAGUAUGAUGACUGCAAUGAGAUCAUCCACUCUCUGAACACGGAGGACAACAAACAGCCCCCCAGCGUCCUCCACCUCGCCCUGGCAAAUGACUACACCAUCUGUGCUCAGUGGUUGAUAGACAGUGGCUUCUGUUUUAAGGAAGGGGAACCAGAUCACCUGCUGAGGAGGAUUCUCACAGAACAGAUUACAGUCUCUCACAGAGUAGAUGUCAUUAACUUUCUGUUGACGAAUGGAGCUGAUCCAAACCCACGCUACCCUGGAGGCAACACUUGUUUACAUUAUGCAUCCAGUAUGAGUGGGGGGACAGAGAUCCUGGAGUUAUUGCUAUCUUAUGGAGCAGAGAUUGACACCCCCAAUAACGAAGGCUGCACCCCUUUGUUCUUUGCCACUAAGUCCAACAAUCAGUUAGCUGCAUGCAUAUUACUGGCUCAUGGGGCAAACAUGAAGUUCAAAAAUGGCAGUGGUGUCACAGCAUUUGAUCACAUCGCAGACUUUGAAGAGUGGGUGGACUCUGGGUACUUCACUGAUGAGGUCAAGGCUAGACUCAAAGCUUACAGCCUGAAGCAUGCUCGGGAUCUCAUCCGUGCUAUAACAAAGAAAGUGAAGGGCAGUGAGCGACGUGGACAGAGGAACACUGUGUGGGAUAAAGCAAGCACUUCUAGUUCAGCGGGAAGCUCCCAGCAGGCCAUAGGUUGGCACAGAGACCUGGGUCCCAAAACCACAGCACUCCCUCUCCCAUCCUCAACAAAAAGCGCCAUCUGGUCUCUGCCUGCAGCACCUGGAACACACCUACCUCCCCUGAAGUGUAUAGGUGAGGGGUAAAGAAAACUGAAAUACAAUGUGAGUCAGUCUGGUAACAAAUUAAUUUGAGCCUGGUCUGAAUGUUAGCCAUUAACAUAUGGAAAUGUGUGUCUGCCAAAAUCCACCUCAUGUACAUGACCCACAGAGGCUUCCAGCUGAGGAAUGGAGGACAGAUAUAACCAUCACUGCACCCAAGAAAGAAGUGUACCAUUACCAGUAAAACACAUGCAGUAACAUGGACAACAGUAACAAGCUUGACGCCUACAAGUACAGUUUAGGUGAGAUUGCAGCAGUGCAAUCCAUGCUUCACAAUGAUGGGGUUUUAGAGGGCAUUAAACAUUAUACUUGUAGUUAUGCUGCUUAGAAACAUUGCUGAGUGUGAACCACUGAGUAUACACCACUUCUGCUUGAUUGUCCUCUCAGUAUUGUGAUAUUUACUGAUAUCAUGAGGUACUCCCAGUAUUUUGAACUGGUGAAUUGUGAUCAAUUUCUAUGUAUGAUUGCUGCAUUUGAGCGUGUGGAUUGUUCAUUGCUUACAUGUAUAUGUAUAUAUCCCACAACCUACCAGUUAAAUGUGUGCUUUUAGUAUUCCACGCUUAUAUGUACAUGUGCAUUAGGAAGUGUCGACCAUGUGUUGGGGUACAGUAGAUUCUGUCUUGCUCUCUGGGUCAGUCAAGGUCAGGUAUAAACCUGACUGGAUUUGCGCAGGUGGAAGUCAUAUAAUCUCUAGAACAGCAUACAAUGGUGUUAGUUACACAUCAGGGUAAAUGUAUGUAUUUUUUGUGAUACAUUUUAUAGUAUGUUUUUUUAUGAACAUAUGGAUACCAUGCAAACUGCUGAUGAACUCUUAUGUUUUUAAAAGAUUAAAGCAUGCUUGUGCAGAUAUGUCCCAAAUAUUUUAUCACAGAAGGCACAGAAUGAUGAAUUUUAUAUGGAAUAUAAAUAUUAUGUUAUUAUAUACUGUUUGAUUGUUUGUUAUGGACGCUUUAAGUUAUGUAUUUAAGCUGAUGUGUUGAUUUCUGCCAAAAUAUUCAACUCAUUGCUCUAUCCAUGUUUACAUUUCCUGUCAAAAUGAUGUAAAAUUUACAGCUGAGCUAAAUGUAUAAUGUAUGAAGUGUCUUAUUACUUACAAAUGCUGCUGUGUAAUAUAAAAAUAAUGUGUUUGAUAAUUGUGAAAAUACAAAAAAUGGUAAUGGUUCAAUUAUGUUCCAAUUUGUCAAAACCACUGUAGUCAAAACAAAUGUUUGCAAUGUUUCUUAUCCUGCAAUAUGAUCUACCUGAUGUGCUAGAUUGUUGUUGUCUCUUAAUAUCACUGAUCGUCCACAUUAGCACAUGUAUAUCAUAAAAAUCUGUGAUAUUUUAUUUAUGUAUACAUACUGUUUGUAGGUAUGUGAAAGUAUUUAUAU